AUGGCCCUCCACCCGCGGCGGGUGCGCCUGAAGCCGUGGCUGGUGGCCCAGGUGGACAGCGGGAUGUACCCCGGGCUCAUCUGGCUGAACCGCGAGGCCAAGCGCUUCCAGAUCCCCUGGAAACACGCCACUCGGCACAGCCCCCAGCACGAGGAGGAGAACACCAUCUUCAAGGCAUGGGCCGUGGAAACGGGAAAGUACCAGGAAGGAGUGGACGAGCCAGACCCUGCAAAGUGGAAGGCCCAGCUCCGAUGUGCACUGAACAAGAGCCGGGAGUUUAAUUUGAUGUACGAUGGCACCAAGGAGGUGCCCAUGAACCCUAUUAAAAUUUAUGAAGUGUGUGACAUCCCGCAGUCGCAGGGAUCAAUCAUUAAUCCAGGUUCCACUGGCUCAGCUCCGUGGGAUGAAAAGGAUAAUGAUCUUGAUGAUGAAGAGGAGGAAGAAUUGAAUCAAUCUCAGCAUGUCCCAAUUCAAGAGACAUUUCCAUUUCUUAAUAUCAAUGAUUCUCCGAUGGCUCCUGCCAGUGCAGAAAACUGCAGCUCUGAAACUGUGUGGCCAAAGAAUGAACCUCUGGAUAUGGAAAUGCCCCCAACGGCGCUGCAGCACGACUUCUUCAGCAGCCCUGAGCUCUGGAUCAGCUCCCUGCCAAUGACAGACCUAGAAAUCAAGUUUGAGUAUCGAGGAAAGGAGACCGGACCCACAACGACCGUGAGCAACCCGCAGGGCUGCAGACUGUUCUACGGAGAGCUGGGUCCUAUGCCAGACCAGGAGGAGCUCUUUGGGCCCAUCAGUUUGGAGCAAGUCAAGUUUCCAGGGACGGAGCAGAUCACCAACGAAAGGCAGAAGAUCUUCACGAGUCGGCUGCUGGAUGUUAUGGACAGGGGACUGAUCCUGGAGGUCAGCGGCCACGCCAUCUACGCCGUGCGGCUCUGCCAGUGCAAGGUGUACUGGUCUGGGCCCUGUGCCCCCUCCUCCACCACCCCAAACCUGAUCGAGAGGCAAAAGAAGGUCAAGCUCUUCUGUCUGGAAACGUUCCUGAGCGAGCUGAUUGCCCAUCAGAAGGGACAAAUUGAGAAACAGCCACCCUACGAGAUCUACUUCUGCUUUGGAGAAGAGUGGCCCGAUGGAAAACCCAGGGAGAGGAAGCUGAUCGUGGUGCAGGUCAUCCCCGUUGUGGCGCGGAUGAUCUACGAGAUGUUCUCCGGGGACUUCACGCGCUCCUUCGACAGCGGCAGCGUGCGGCUGCAGAUCUCCACGCCGGACAUCAAGGACAACAUCGUGGCACACCUGAAGCAGCUCUACCGGCUGCUGCAGAACCACCAGGAGGGCUGGCCCAUGCAGGCCCCGGCCAUGCACAUGGCACAGCCGCUCCCAGCGCAGUGAGCGCUUCCUCCGGGGCUUCUUCUUGUACAUACACAGAAGCGUUU